UCGUCGUCGCAAUGUUCCAGCUGCACUGAAGGUACGUCGUCGGUGUGGGCCAACACCAAACCAGCUACACCAGGAAAGACGUGAGAUAAAAAAAUUAGCGCCAAGUCACAUUUCUUAGGCGACUGCUGUACUCAGAAGAAAGGCAACUCAACAUGGCCAGCUACCACAAACCCGACGAAAAAACUCUGCAGGGGCUUAAGGAUGCCGCCAACAAGCUGAGAAUUCACUCCAUUAAGGCAACAUGCGCCUCCAACUCUGGCCACCCCACAUCGUGCUGCAGUGCAGCAGAGAUCAUGUCGGUGCUUUUCUUUCAAACCAUGCGCUACAAAGCUACCGACCCUCGCAACCCGUGCAACGACCGCUUUGUGCUGUCAAAGGGUCAUGCCGCACCAAUUUUGUAUGCCGCCUGGGCCGAGGCCGGUUUUGUGAAAGAGUCUGAGUUGCUCAACCUGCGCAAGUUUGACAGUGACUUGGAGGGACACCCGACCCCAAAACUGGCAUUUGUUGAUGUGGCAACUGGAUCGCUUGGUCAGGGUCUUAGUGCUGCUUGUGGGAUGGCAUACACGGGAAAGUACUUUGACAAAUCCAGUUACCGUGUGUACUGUCUGAUGGGAGAUGGAGAAUGUUCCGAGGGUUCCGUAUGGGAAGCCAUGGCCUUUGCUUCGUUCUACAAACUUGACAACCUGGUGGCCAUCAUGGAUGUCAAUCGGCUCGGCCAGAGUGAUCCUGCGCCUCUCCAGCAUAACGUGGAUGUCUAUCUCAAGCGCUGUGAAGCCUUUGGAUGGAACACCUAUGUUGUGGAUGGACAUAAUGUGGAGGAGCUCUGCAAAGCAUUCUGGAGUGCUAAGCAGUUUAAGGGGCAGCCCACCUGCAUUGUUGCCAAGACAUUCAAGGGAAAAGGCCUCAAAGGUAUUGAAGAUGAAAUGAAUUGGCAUGGAAAGCCCAUCCCAAAAGACAAAGUGGAUGGAAUCUUAAAUGACCUUCAGGCGCAAAUCAAAGACCCUCACAAGACCUUGUCUCCUGAGCUGCCAAAUGAAGAUGCACCACCACCUGACUCAAGUCCCAUUCUCCUGUCCUCUCCCCCAGAAUACAAAAAGGGUCAAAAGAUGGCAACAAGGCGUGCGUAUGGUGUAGCGUUGGCCAAACUGGGCAAUUCGAGCACGAAAGUGGUGGCUCUUGAUGGGGACACCAAAAACUCCACAUUCUCUGAGACCUUUAUGAAAUCUUUCCCAGAUCGCUAUAUUGAAUGUUUCAUUGCUGAACAGAACAUGGUGGGGAUAGCUAUUGGUUGUGCUUGUCGAGACCGCACGGUGGCUUUUGCUAGCACUUUUGCCACCUUCCUUUCCCGUGCAUAUGACCAGAUCCGAAUGGGUGCCAUAUCUCAGUCCAAUGUCAACUUGGUCGGCUCUCACUGUGGUGUCUCUAUUGGUGAGGAUGGUCCUUCUCAGAUGGCACUCGAGGACUUGGCAAUGUUCCGUGCCAUACCUACAUGUACUGUGUUUUACCCUAGUGAUGCUGUAGCCACUGAAAGAGCUGUGGAGCUAGCAGCAAACACAAAGGGCAUCUGUUUUAUCCGAACCAGCAGACCUGAUACUGCAGUUAUAUAUUCUGGAGAUGAGAAGUUUGAGAUUGGUGUAGCCAAGGUUGUGCGCCAGUCUAAAAGUGAUCUUGUGACUGUGAUUGGAGCUGGUGUCACUCUGCAUGAAGCUCUGGCUGCUGCUGAUAUGCUGGAAAGUGAAGGGAAAAACAUUCGUGUGAUUGACCCAUUUACUAUAAAGCCUUUGGAUGCGGCCACCAUUUUGGCGAACGCAAGAGCCACUGGAGGACAGAUCAUCACAGUGGAGGACCACUACAAGGAGGGUGGUCUUGGUGAGGCAGUAUUGUCAGCAGUGGGCCAGGAGCGGGACAUUGUUGUAACCCGGCUGGCAGUCACCAGUGUUCCAAGGAGCGGGAAGCCCCAGGAGCUUCUGGACCUCUACGGCAUCAGCGCGAAGCAAAUCGCCAACACUGUCCGCCAGAAAUUUGCCAACUAAGACAGCAACUUCUUCACAGCUUAAUGUUCAUGCUCAUCUUUUUUUUCCCCCUGGCACAGUCUCAUAAGUGUUUUAACUAUAGUCAUAAAGUUUCCAGAAUUAGUUUGUUUAGCAACAGUUCUAUUGUUUGCAGAUGAAAUUGGGAGAUGCCGUGAGAUUGCCCAGAAUAUGCUUAUUUGUGUUUCUUCACAUUCCUGUAUAUCCAAAUAUGUUUGCAGAACAGUUUUUCAAAUAAUGGUUCAGUCAAAAAGCAAAGUCAACAACUGUUUGCAUUUCAAAUUUGAGAUAUGACAAUGAUGCAUUCAAACCUUGCAUGUUCCAUGUGUCGCAUUAUGUAACUUGGCUAAUAUUUUCCAUCAGAGUUCAUCCUUAGUCAAUUUGUGAUGUUACUGAUGUUUUUGAAUGUGCCCAAUUAAAAUUGAUCAACCCAA